AUGGAUUUGGAAGCGUUUGUGUCUCUGCUGCGUGCGGUGAUCUCGCCCGAUCCCGCACUGCGCAAGGAGGCGGAGCGGCAGAUCAAGGAGGGGAAGGAGAAACAGCCUGCAGCUCUGAUUUCCUUGAUUCUUCAGACGGUGCAGACCCACAGCGAUGACGAGGUGCGCCUCCAAGCCGCCGUCCUCUUCCGCAGCUUCUUCCGCGGCGUGAUCGACAGCGAAUCGCACGUGUGGAAGCAUCUCGGCGAGACGGAACGGUCGCAAAUCAAGCAGAUCCUGCUCCACUGUCUCGACACCGAAAAGAACAAGCUGGUGAGAAACAACAUCUGCGACACCAUCAGCGAUCUCGCCUCCGACCUCAUCCCGAUCGACCAGUGGGAUGACCUCGGCCAAGUCCUCCUCGCCAUGAUUCAAAGCGGAGUCCCCGUCAAGCAACAAACUGGACUGAAAAUCCUCUCAGAAAUCGCCCCCGUCCUCACAGAACAACUCGCUGCAGCCGCCCCCAUCGUCUGCAAAAUCAUCUGCGCAUGCAUGGCCGCCGGACAGGACGUCAACACCAGAGUCGAAGCCUUCGCGCUCUUGGUCUCUGUCGUGGAAGAUGUGAACAAACGCGUGUACAAGAAAUUUCUGCCUGACGCAAAGACGCGCGCGGCCCCAGAGUGCCCGCCUGUACAGCUCCUUAUCAUCGACACGCUGGAGGCGACUUUGCGAGCAGGCGCUGAAGACGACUACGCUUUGGCGGAAAGAAUGAUGGUUUUGGUGAUCCAGUUGUGCGAAGCGGAGCAAGGAGGCGGCGUGGCUCUGAUGCGCCCGCACUUGGCGCAGUUUUGCGACUACCUUUUGGCGAUUUCGUUGAUUGGGCAGGGACAACAACAGGCGGCAGAGGCAGCUGCCGCCGCGGGGACAGCCGCGGCGGCAGCUGCGCAGGCUGCUGCGGCCUCCUUGGGCGCGUCGGGCGCGGAACCGAAAGGCCCGUGCGUCGCCGCGACCGCGUGUGCGGCGAAGACGAGCGACGAGGAGACACCUGAGGGCCUGCAGAGCUGCCGAAAGUACGCAGUUGAGGCAAUGAUUUGCUGCGUCGAGCAAAAGAACCAAGUGAUGCUCAAAGUUCCCAACUUCCUCAACCGGCUCCUCGAGGCGCUGCUCAUGUGCAUGCUCGACAUCCGCGACAGCUCCUACGCCAAGUGGCUAGAAGAAGGCGACGAAGAAGACGAGCAGCGUUUCUUCGAUGUCGGCGAAGAGGGGCUAGACCGUCUCUGCCGGGCCUACAGCUCGGACGAAGACAUUGCGGUCGGCAGUCGCACGCAAGCAGCCUCGCUGUUGCUGCCCGCGCUGUUCAACUACAUCACCACCUUUUUGCAGCGGCCGGAGUGGGAGUAUCGGUUCGUCGCCUUGAUGGCCAUCUCGCAGACGGUCGAGUACGUCCAGGAAGACCAAGAGGAGGAACUCGACUACAUUGCCAAGACGCUCAUGCGGUACUUGGGCGACCCUGACUUUCGAGUCCGGUUCGCAGCUGCCCAGGCGAUCGGCCAAAUGAGUCUGGACCAGACGCCGUACGUGCAGGAACAGUUCGCGAGUGAAAUGCUCCCGCUCCUCAUCGCCAGGAUGGACGACGAGGUUCCGCGCGUUCAGGGCCACGCGUGCGCGGCGUUCGUGAACUUUUCCGAGGAAGUCGAGAAGGCCGAGAUGCUCAAGGUCGCAGGACAAGUGAUGGAGAAGCUUCUGACGAAGAUCCGCCCGGGCACUCCCAAGACGGUCCGCGAACAUGCAGUCACAUGCAUUGCCGUCGUCGCGGGCGUGCUGGAGGAGAGCUUCGUACCUUACUACUCCGCAGUCGUGCCUUCUCUUCUCGACGUCAUCACCAACAGCACGGCUCUCGAACUCCGCUCCCUCCGAGGCAAAGCGAUUGAGUGCAUCUCCAUUGUCGGCCUCAGCGUCAGCCGCGAACAGUUUGCGGAAGACGGGAAAGUCGCGAUGGAGGCGAUGCUUCAGAUUGCCGAGAGCACUGCAACAUGCGAAGACUCCAAGACGAGCAGUUGCUGCUCUCAAGCCACGCAGCACAGAUGCAUGGACGAAGAAGGCGACGCCGUCCGGGAGUACCUGACCGAGGCGCUUGGCCGCAUGUGCCGAGCCAUGGGUGCCGACUUCCUCGUCUACUUGCCGCGGAUCCUUCCCCGACUGCUCGACGUCCUCACUGUCAAACCCAAAGAAAUGAAAGCGGAAGAAGCAGAAGAUGACGAAGACAUGACGUACGUGAUUUUGGAUUCGAACACGUCGCUGGGGUUGAAGACGUCCUUGCUGGAGGAGCAGAGUCGGGCGUUGGAUCUCCUGUGCACCAUCACGACGGUGCUUCAGGAUCCGCUGACGGCUGCCUCUCUUUCGUCCGCGGCGUUUUCGGCCUCUUCGUUCCUGCAGCCUGUGGCUGAGGCAGUCUUCCCGCUCCUCACCCACGUUCUCUCUGAAGACAUCAAACAGAAGGCUCUCGAGACGAUGGCCUCGCUCAUUGGGACGUGCAAGCAGCUAGUCCUGCAGUACGUACAGCGCGCGGUUCAGGCGCGCAGCGAGGGCCAGGCGCCAGCCGAAGAAGAGGCGCGACGCAGCGGCGCAAGCGUGAAGGAAAUGCUGCGCGCGAUGACCCUCCGAACCUGCGGCGAAGUCUUCAAGUCCCUCCAAGACGAAGACGGCGACGUCGACUCCAUGGUUGCGGAGGCCUCGGGACUGAACGACUGCCUGUCCAAAGCCGGCGCAGAAGUGUUCACCGACGAAGAGGUCUCCCAACAAGCCCUCAAUGUGUUCUCGGCUUUGGAGAAAUCCUUCGAGCGACGCAUUGACAUAUCGGCUCGGAAGAACCGCCAAGACGAAGAAGUCGACGAGGACGACAUGCUCCGCCUGGAAGAAGAAGAUCAGCAGGAGCAGACGCUGCGUUCGUCCCUCUUGGAGAUUGUCGGGACACUCAUGGCGACACAUCCGAAGGAGUUUCUGCGCAGCAAAGCCAGCGAAGCAGCUGCUGCCUUCGUGCAACAAUUCCUCCGAGAUGACGCGGCCGACGAGGACAAGAGCGUCGCUCUCUACGUCUGCGAUGACAUUCUUCAACACCUCAAGGCUGCAACGGACAACACGGCCGCGGCGUUGGGCGAUUUGCUACGCCACUACGGAGGCUCGAUGAGUGCAGAGGAGCAGCAAGUGCUGCUGGCGAGCUGGUUGGAGAACUUGCCGCUCAAGCAAGAUGAAACGGAGGGACUCCGCAUGCAUAAAUUCCUCAUGGAAGCUGUUCUACAGAACAACGCAGUCGUCCUGGGACAGAACGCGAGCAACCUACCGCGGCUUUUGCAGAUUUUGUGCGCAGUGUAUCGCACAGAUUUCUCCGACUCCGAUUUGAACGAGGAAAUCAAAAAGCUUUUUGCUCAGAUCAACACAACGAGUCAGCCAGCGCCUUUGGCUGCUCUCUGCCAAAGCUUCACUGCAAAGGAGCAGAAGAAGCUGCAGAAAAUUCUCAAGUAG